AUGCAGGCUGAACGCGGUGCCGCUCUGGUCCCGGCCAUUAACGCCAGCGUUUGGGAACAAGGGAUGUCAACCAGAAUCGUCCUGUUCCGGGACUGGCUGGGGGAAGGUUCAGAGACGCGCGGCUUGCACUUUGCGGCGAUCCAGAAACUGAAUGGCAAGGGCAUCGGCCCCUCGAUUGAGAGUGUCUGCGCCUUCGAGGUGGAUCAAUACGACGACACGCAGCACUCAAGGACACUCACCUCCACCCUGGCUCCAAAGCGGAAACUUGGAGAUACCGACUUCGAAGUCGCCGACAGUGAUGAUGAAGGCUACGGCUGGGAUGACGACGAGGAACUCCCGCCCAUGCCGUCACAGUGGCAGGGGAGCGAGGAUCUGUUGCUCAUUCGUAAACCGGGAAGUGAUGACGACAACGAAGAGGAAGACCACUCGGUGGAUGCCCACGAAAGCGGGAACGAAGGACCCUAA